UUUCAGUAAAACGUGUGAAUCCCGAUUUUCACAGUCAAUUUCCAGAUUCCAUAUUCUCUUUUCUUCACACACUCCCUCCUAAAAACACAGAGAUUAAGACCCAGUAUACAGAUUACAGUCUGUUUUUAAAUAUUAAAGGCAGUAUUUUUUUUCUCUUUUGAACAAUCACUUGCUCUUUCUGUCUCUCUAAAUUCACCCCUUAAUUACAAUCUAAAACUUCUCCCUCUCUUUCUGCCUUUUUGUCUCAAAUUUCUUUCAUUCUAGUUUAGUUUCUGGCUUUAAUCUUAAGCCACGAAAUAUAGUUUCUGAUAUUGCAAAAAAAAAAAACAACUUUAAAAAAAUGACGGUAGAGCAGAUAGUCAGUGAAGGCAAGGAUCAGUUUCCAAUUGGCAUGCGAGUUUUGGCCGUUGACGAUGACCCGACUUGCCUUUUACUGCUCGGAACUCUUCUUCGUCGAUGCCAGUACCAUGUUACCACAACAAGCCAAGCUAAAACAGCAUUGAAGAUGUUAAGAGAAAACAAGAACAAGUUUGACUUGGUUAUCAGCGAUGUUCACAUGCCCGACAUGGAUGGUUUUAAGUUACUUGAGCAUGUGGGGCUUGAGAUGGACCUGCCUGUCAUAAUGUUGUCUGCAAAUGGUGAUACGAAGCUUGUGAUGAAAGGGAUUACUCAUGGUGCUUGUGAUUAUUUGCUGAAACCUGUUCGGAUCGAGGAGCUGCAAAAUAUAUGGCAACAUGUAGUGAGGAGAAAGAAAAAAGACCGGUGUAAUUCCGGCAGCAAAGACAAGCCUCAUCCAGACAGUGGCGAGGCUGCGGGGAUAGGGAAUGUUGAUAACAAUGGGAAGUUAAACAAAAAGCGGAAAGACCAGAAUGAAGACGAGGACGACGAGCGUGACGAGAAUGGCCAUGAUAACGAGGACCCAUCAGCCCAAAAGAAACCUCGUGUUGUUUGGUCAGUGGAGUUGCAUCGCAAGUUUGUUGCGGCGGUUAAUCAGUUGGGCAUUGACAAGGCUGUACCUAAAAAGAUCCUAGAAUUGAUGAAUGUUGAAAAGCUUACCAGAGAAAAUGUCGCCAGCCAUCUGCAGAAAUUUAGGCUUUACCUGAAAAGAAUCAGCUGUGUGGCAAACCAGCAAGCAAACAUGGCGGCAGCUUUAGGCACUGCAGAUUCUGCCUAUUUACGGAUGGGGUCUCUGAAUGGACUUGGAAAUUUCCAUACCUUGGCUGGAUCUGAUCAGCUUCACAAUGCUGCCUUUAGAUCUUUCCCACCUAGUGGGGUGCUUGGAAGAUUGAACACACCUGCUGGGUUAGGCAUACGUAGCCUUCCAUCUCCAGGAACUAUUCAAUUAGGCCACGUGCAAAAUUCGGGUAAUCCCACAAAUGAUCUUAGCAAGUUGCAAUCUUUCGUUCCUGGAAACCAUAAUACCAACAUUCUACAAGGUAUGCCAAUGUCACUAGAACUUGAUCGACUGCAACAUAACAAGAGUGUUGGCCACAUAGGAGAGCUGCCAACUACUGAUAGUACGACUGUUUUCCCUGGUUCUGGUAGUUUAGUAGAUGCAAGAAUAACUGGAUUUUCCAACAAUCCACUUCUUGGUGUUACAAGCAACUCCUUGAUGUUAGAAGGAAGCUCUCAGCAAGCCACUUCGCAUACUAGUGUUUCUGCAAUAGGCUUCCAAAAUGGGAAUGCUUUAUCCGACUUUACUUCGAUAGCUCCUGCUUCCAACCAAUUGCAGGAUUCAAAAGCAGACUCACAAGGCCAAGCAUCCCCGAUCAACUGUAAUGCAGGGCAAAUAAUCAGAAGUGCUCCUCAAGAAUGGAAUGCCCCCAGAAAAGAUGCCCCUUACCAAUCACAUGCUUUGAUAAACUCUUCGAUCCCUAUUAACAGUGCCAUGAUUCAGUUGGGACAGUGCUUGGACCGAAAUAACUCGAUUUUCCACAGAACGACAGACUUGGAUUCGGUUGGACCAUUGAACUUUGUUGAUCCCUUAUCUAUCAAGCACAGUGAAGGUGACAACUACAUUAUGGAGCCAUCAGUUAUCGAAAAGGAAGGGUAUCUUAUGUUCCAACCAAGGCCACAUGGAAGUCAUGUUCCUGAUAACACCGGCUCCUUGAAAGAUCUGGCAAGUGCAAUGAUGAAACAGGAAGACGAUUUCGGAUGCAAUGGUUAUUCUCUAAGGACUUCCAUAUGAAGAUAAGAAUGUAGCCUCUGUACUAACAGCAAAAGAAGGAUCUGCUUUACAAAGCAUUGCUCCUCUUUGGUAGUUUUGCCUCAUGUGAACUGAAAACAAAAUCUCUCUAUGAUAAUCUUUAUUUUAUGCCAUGAUUUUGUUGUCAAAUCCUUGCACUUUUUAUUCUGUCCUAAUAACAUCUCUUAAGAGCUCUCAGUGCAACUUCUCCUGCUAAGCCCUGUGAAAUAUUUGUAUAAUGAAUAAAAAUAUUAGUUUUUAAUUAA